CCCCAAUCCCAGAGUCACGGACGAGCCAUCCCUCCCACUCCGGUCUUCUUUCAUCGUAUAUUGACCUGCACUGUGAGUUCAGUCAGGUCGAAGCGUCCACUCCGUAAUCGCUGCCAGUCUUGGUUGUGUCUGCUGAAGCUUGAACAGUGGCUUCACUGACGUAUCUACUCUGAUGCUCCACCAGAAGAUACUGAUAAAGUGAGAACAUCUGCUAUUACGGUGUGACCUUCUAUUAGGCUCAUACACAGAGGCUCCACAUUCAAACCAAGGAUGUCUUCUGUUCUCCGGCCCCCUGCACCGCAUCACUUCCUCUCCCUGCGAAUUAUGGGCGUGACCUCUAGGAUGCUGGCAUCACAGCAUGCAGGGCUUGCACCCCUAAAGGGUCGCGACAUCAGGGACCCUGUUGCACCGACUCCCCUGUCCUUCGAGGACCCACGGGCGUUCCGGGCGAAGAGCUGGUGGGAGCUCAUGCGAGCGCUGGGGGUUUUCAGACUCUGCUCUUUCCCUGCGCUGGUCAACAACUGUGGCAAGGUCAUGGCGUUUACACGGACCAUCCUGGGCAAACAAGCUUUUGCUAAGGUCCUUCGCCCGGUUGUGUAUGCCCAGUUUGUUGCUGGGGAAACGGAGAAGGAGAUUUCAGAGUCCAUGGAGAAGAUGAGCUCUCUGGGUCUGCGGCCCAUGCUGGCCGUGCCCAUCGAGGAGGACCUGGGAGAGAGCACUGGGGAGCAGAGGUACGAUCACAACUUGGCAGCCAUGUUGGAAUGUGUGCGGAUGUCUCACUGCAACUCAUGGAGCAAAGAUCCCAUGAUGCAACUGAAGAUCACGGCACUGGUCAGCCCGGAGCUUUGUGUGAAACUGACCUGCCUGAUGAAGGAACAACAGUAUGACCUGGACCUCCUGAUUAGAGCUAUGAACAGUGAGGCUGUGGUGUUUCCUGGGCUCAGUGACAGUGAAAACACACACUUUCUGUACGGUCUCCGCAGACUGAACCAAAUAGGAGAGGCCAGUAUAAACAAGGUUAGAAUUCUAGUGGACGCUGAAUACACAUACAUGAACCCCGCGCUCUCUGUCAUCACCAUGGCCAUGAUGAAGAAGUUCAAUCAAGACGAUGCCUGGAUCUGGAACACCUAUCAGUGCUACCUGAAGGAGUCAAGGGAUCUGUUGCUGGAAGCCAUCCGUCUUUCUAAGGACCAGUCGUUCUGUCUUGGGGUUAAACUCGUUAGAGGAGCGUACAUGGACAAGGAGAGGAAACUCGCUGACAAGGAAAGACGAACAGACCCCAUUCAUGAGACCUGGGAGUGCACAAAUGAUUGCUACAACGGCUCUCUGGACGUCAUGCUGAACCUCAUCUCCCAGCACCCUGGCCGCUACAAGAUCAUAGUAGCGACGCACAACGAGGAGUCUGUUAGAAGAGCAGUGGCUCGAAUGGAUGAGCUGGGGAUUGACCGGAAUGGGGGUUCGGUGUGUUUCGGUCAGCUGCUGGGGAUGUGUGACCAUGUGUCGCUCACUCUUGCCCAGAAGGGUUUCUCGGUGUACAAGUCCGUGCCGUACGGCUCGGUGGACGACACGCUGCCCUAUCUGGUGCGGAGAGCUCAGGAGAACCGCACCGUUCUGCAAGGCAUCCGCAAAGAGAGAGACCUGCUGAGGCAAGAGCUCCACCGCAGAGUCCGAGAGAAGAUCACUCGGGCCAAGUAGAUGGCCACUAAAGCACCGGCUCAGCGAUGAAUUCACACAGUUCUCCUCUUAAUCCUGAACCUAAUCGAUCAGUCGGUUUUACCACUGGAGCUACGAGGCUAAUGUAGCUUUCAAGUAAUGGAAUCUCAUAUCAUACCAAUUAGCAUGGUGCUAACUGCAUGCCGUCAUCACACAUUUGCUUUAAACCGUGUGGAUGUUCAGUAAUCGCUAAUAGGCUUGAUCAUGUAGUUUCUGACACUGUAUUAUUAACAGUUACCUAUAAACGUAGAUGGUGACUGUUGCUUUAGCAUGGUUGAUAGUACCGUUACCUGCUUUUCUAUAACAUAUUAGCCGAAUUAGCCAAGUGCAACACUAAAGAAGCAAACUUCAGACACCAAGCAUGGCCUGAUCAACUGCAUAGGGGCAUGAGGUUCAGGAAAUAUUCAAUAUUUUUUGCAUGGAGGGUCUAGGAGAGCAGGAUGUUUGUUGAAAGAUAUGACAGAUACAUUCUAGGCAACCUAGAAAUGAGUACUACUACCAUACAAACAGUAAAAAGUCACUAUAACGUUCCAAAAAACUCCUUUCAGUGCUGCGGAAGCUACUUUGAAAACAUAGCUUUGCAAGCCACCAACUACUUCAUACUGGAAGAAGUUGAACUACAGCAAUGAGAAAUCUAGUUAA